ACAGUAGCUGCGGGAGGUGGAGCUCUUCCUCGCAGCCAACAAACACAAACACACUCACUAUGACAUGAACACCCGGCGUUUCUGACAGCAUUCCUCUGACCAGAACCCAACUCCUGACGACUACUGCGCAGCUCGGUUCGGUGGCGUGGAGGCGUUUAGCAGCCGACCAUGGACACCACCACCUCCCUGAAGAUGACCUCCCUGGCCGUCCAGAGUCUGUUCAGCUACGUGGAGGAGGAGAACCUGGCUGCCAUCACUACGCAUUUGGACACGUUUAGAGACGUAGACAGCCGGAGUGAUAAUGGACAAACCCCCCUGAUGGUGGCGGCCGAGCAGGGCAACCUGGAGAUCGUACAGGAGCUGAUCAGGAGAGGAGCCACCGUCGACCUGGAUGACAUCGAUUGUUGGACAGCUUUGAUCUCGGCUGCUAAAGAGGGCCACAUCGAGGUGGUGAGCGAACUUUUGGAGAACAAUGCGAACCUGGAACAUCGAGACAUGGGAGGCUGGACUGCUCUUAUGUGGGCAGCCUACAAAGGUCGUACAGAUGUGGCCCAGCUGCUGUUGGAAAAAGGAGCGAACCCCAACAUCACUGGCCAGUAUAGUGUCUACCCCAUUAUCUGGGCGGCGGGUCGAGGCCACGGACAGAUUGUUCAUCUCCUGCUGCAACACGGGGCCAAGGUCAACUGCUCUGACAAGUAUGGCACCACUCCUUUGAUCUGGGCAGCUAGGAAGGGCCACUAUAGCAGCGUGGUCCACCUUCUGGCAAACGGAGCUGAUGUGGACCAAGAAGGAGCGAACUCUAUGACAGCUUUGAUUGUCGCGGUGAAAGGCGGCUACACAGACGUCGUCAAAGAGCUGCUGAAGAGAAACCCAAAUGUCAAUAUGACAGAUAAGGAUGGCAACACAGCCCUGGCCAUUGCUGCCAAGGAGGGACACACAGAGAUUGUCCAGGACCUGCUGGACGCUGGCACCUACGUCAAUAUACCAGACAGGAGCGGGGAGACAGUGCUGAUUGGAGCAGUGAGAGGAGGUCAUGUGGAGAUAGUUCGAGCUCUGCUGAACAAAUAUGCUGAUAUUGAUGUCAGGGGUCAGGAUGGAAAGACUGCCCUCUAUUGGGCAGUGGAGAAAGGCAACGCUACCAUGGUGAGAGACAUCCUGCAGUGCAACCCUGACACUGAGAGCUGGACCAAGGAAGGAGAGACACCGCUCAUCAAAGCUACUAAAAUGAGGAACAUAGAGGUAGUGGAGCUGCUGCUAGAUAAAGGAGCCAAGGUGUCCGCUGUCGACAAGAAAGGCGACACGCCCCUCCACAUUGCAAUCCGAGGGAGAAGCCGCAAACUGGCUGAGCUGCUGUUGAGGAAUCCUAAAGACGGCCGCCUGCUGUACCGCCCCAACAAAGCGGGCGAGACGCCGUACAACAUUGACUGCACCCACCAGAAAAGCAUCCUCACGCAGAUUUUUGGAGCCAAGCACCUCUCGCCCUCUGAGUCUGAUGGAGACAUGUUGGGUUAUGACCUGUAUAGCAGUGCUUUAGCAGACAUCCUGAGUGAACCCACCAUGCAGCCGCCUAUCUGUGUUGGCCUGUACGCUCAGUGGGGGAGUGGCAAAUCAUUCCUUCUCAAGAAACUGGAGGAUGAGAUGAAGACGUUUGCCGGCCAGCAGGUAGAGCCUUUGUUCCAGUUUUCAUGGCUGGUAGUCUUCCUCACCAUGUUGCUGUGCGGCUCCGUGGCUGUGGUUCUGGGCUUUACUGUUGAUCCCAAGUUGGCAAUCGCUGUCUCCCUCAGCCUCCUCGCCCUCAUCUACAUCUUCUUUGUGUUGGUCUACUUCGGAAGCCGCCGUGAGAGGGAAAGCUGGAACUGGGCGUGGGUCAUCAGCACCCGACUGGCUCGCCAAGUUGGUUAUCUGGAACUGCUGCUCAAGCUGAUGUUUGUCAACCCUCCUGAGCUUCCUGAGCAAACCACGCGAGCUCUGCCUGUCAGGUUCUUGUUCACGGAUUAUAAUCGUCUGUCCAGUGUUGGAGGCGAGACCUCAAUGGCCGAGAUGGUUGCCACGCUCUCAGAUGCCUGUGAGAGAGAGUUCGGCUUCAUGGCUACUCGACUCUUCAGGGUUUUCAAGAACGAUGAGAUCCAAGGUAAGAAGUGGAGGAAAACCUGUUGUGUUCCCUCUUUCGUCUUGUUCGCCUUGACGCUGGGAUGCCUGAUCACUGGUGUUGCACUGUUGGCCAUUUUUAAGGUGAAUCCUGAGAACCAAACUGUCAACGCGGUGCUCAUAGCAAUGGCCAGUGUGGUGGGCCUGGCCUUAUUGCUCAACUGCAGGACCUGGUGGCAAGUGGCUGACUCUGUCCUCAACUCCCAGAGGAAGCGUUUGCACAGUGCUGCCAACAACUUGCACAAACUCAAAAGUGAAGGAUUUAUGAAGGUUCUGAAGCAUGAAGUGGAGCUGAUGUCAAAAAUGGCCAAAACCAUCGACUGCUUCACCCAGAACCAGACGCGUAUGGCUGUGAUCAUCGACGGACUGGAUGCCUGUGAGCAAGACAAAGUGCUGCAGAUGUUGGACACGGUGAGGGUGCUCUUCUCUAAAGGCCCUUUUAUCUCCAUCUUCGCCAGUGACCCCCAUAUUAUCAUCAAAGCUAUCAACCAAAAUCUUAACAGUGUGCUGAGGGACUCCAACAUCAAUGGCCAUGACUACAUGAGAAACAUUGUCCACCUGCCGGUGUUCCUUAAUAGCAGAGGCCUCAGUACGGCAAAGAAGCUUUGCAUGGUAACACCCACCAAUGGGGAAGUGCUGUCUGCCGAAGGAUGGCAUGAGGACACAGACAGAAAGAUAUCUCAGAACAGUUUGGGCCCAGACCAGGCCAAGUUUGGUAGCAAGACGGCCCUCAACCGCAGGGACACAUACCGACGUCGGCAGAUGCAGAGGUCCAUCACCAGACAGAUGUCCUUCGACCUGACCAAGCUUCUGGUGACGGAGGACUGGUUCAGUGACAUCAGCCCACAGACGAUGAGAAGGCUGCUUAACAUCGUUUCUAUCACUGGUCGCCUGUUGAGAGCCAAUCAGAUCAUCUUCAACUGGGACCGACUGGCGUCCUGGAUCAACCUGACGGAAGAGUGGCCGUACAGGACGUCGUGGAUCAUCCUUUUCCUGGAGGAGACUGACGGCGUGUCCGACCAGGUCACGCUCAAAGCCAUUUAUGAAAGAAUUUCCAAGAGCAUCCCCACCACCAAGGAUGUGGAGCCGCUGCUGGAGAUCGAUGGGGACAUCCGCAGCUUCGAGGUCUUCCUCUCCUCCAGGACGCCGGUCCUCACGGCCAGAGACGUGGAGAUGUUCCUGCCCUGCACUGUCAACCUGGACCCCAAACUGAGGGAGAUCAUCGCAGAUGUGCGUGCGGCCAGGGAGCAGAUGCACAUGGGAGGAGUGACCUAUCCCACGCUGCCCCUGCAGGAGGCGGCGCCCCGUCCCCAGUCAGGUUACGGCCAGCAGUCCGCUGCCUGCUCCCCCACGGGCUCCUUCGCUGGAUCGCUGCCUCCUCAGCCCCACAGUGCCUACUUCAGCGGGAUGACGGGCCCUCAGCAUCCUUUCUAUAACCGGCCCUAUUUCCCCCAUCACGUGUAUCACCUGCCACGGCAUUACUCCCACCACCUCCCCUCAUCCUUCCGCCCCUCCAUUAAACCGCCAGGUCAACAUAAGGACACCAAUGGGCUUGAUGUUAUUGCAGAAGAUCCCAGAGAAGAUCUCCCCUGUCCUGCCGACACCCCCAUGCAUUUAAAGUCGCUGCCUUACAAAUUAAAGCAGGGCCCCCCCGCCGCCCUGCUCAGCUCCAUGGGCACGGAUGCCGUGUGCGAGCGUCUCAAGCAGAUAGACGGAGUCGACGGCGCCAUGUUGUCGCAGUACACCGCCACCAUCAAGAAGGCUAAUAUAAAUGGUCGAGUGCUGUCUCAGUGUAACCUGGACGAGCUGAAGAAGGAGAUGGAGAUGAACUUUGGUGACUGGCAACUCUUCAGGGGAAUGGUGAUGGAGCAGCGUCACGCGGAAAGCCAAGCCCUGCUUCAGGACGAGUCCCGGGCCGCCAGCGAGCAAGGCAGCAGCGUGCACCACGGGGAGCCCGUGCGGCGCCCGGGGAGGGCCCAGCAUGAGGCGGGGACCUACAGCCUCAACCUCAGCUUCGAGGAGCUCAGCGGCGCAGGGCUGGAGGAACCCGCGCGACACGCCAACACCUCCCACUGGCCUGUGGCGAAUCACCGCACCUCGAGCAUGUCCAGCCUCAACUCCCAGGAAUCGUCCAAUGACAUCUGCAAGCUGACAGACAAGCAGCAGGCGGAGUACCGCGAUGCCUACAGGGAGUACAUCGCUCAGAUGGCCCAGCUGGAGAUGUCCGGCGGUGGGGGGGAGCGGCCCCUGCAGCCCCACCCUGGACAGUUCCUUCAUGCUGCCAGCUCAGAGGACAAAGGGGCCAAAGAAGGAGGGGACGCGGACGGCCGCAAGUCCUUCACCAAGAGGAACGCGAAGGCCAGCGACGCCGCCGACUUCGCCUCGGGGGCCGACGCGCCGCCUCUGGACCCCAUCAGUGAGGAGGACGAGAAGCUGGACCACAGCUCGUCCUCCAGGACGCCGGGCGCCAGGAAGAAGGCAGCCGGGUCGUACUACCACGCGCUGCCCAUCGACGAGGACUCUGGUCCAGAGGAGGCCGACAACACCACACCUCUCCUCCGUAAAGAGGCCCGGGCCUCCCAGCCGACCGGGCCCCCCACCAAGCCCGGCUUCCUUGCCGAAAUCCUCCUGGAUAAGAAGGACUCGUCCGACUCGGGGAUGCGCUCCAGCGACAGUUCCUCGGACCCCUCCCUGGAAGAGGCCGACGGGCACGCGGGCGGAGGAAGCCCCGCGCCGAAGCCCAGUCUAAUUGAACUGGAGCUGGAGGGUCUGGUGCGGAAGCGGGGCCUCCUGCCCGGCAGCCUGAGCGGCCUGCAGGACGCCGCCGCCGCGGCGGCCCGCAUGUCCAUCUGCUCCGAGGCGGCGUCCGAGGCCAGCCUGAUGGCGAGCAGCCCGGACGAAGCGUGGCCGUCCAGCGGCGUCUGCAACCUCAACCACGCCGCCAGAAACGCCGCCCUCAACAACAACACGAGCGGCCCGGCGAGCGCCGCCAACACCAACACCAACAACAGCCACCAGCAGCCGGCCGGCGGCGCCGCCGACACGCAGCCCGACAGCACCUCCUCCGGCGUCGGCGUUUCGCCAGCUGUCAUCAUCAUCACCCCCGGCAGCGGCGGCGGCACCGCCAUGACUGCCGGCAUCCACAACCAGAACCUGCGCACCAUCAGCCUGGGAGACGAGAGGGAGAGCGUCCUCUGAGGAGACACAGUAGUGAGAAGACGUCGUGAUGUGAAGUAGAUGCGUGUUGUGAACAUAUAGAGUAAAGUGAGUCUGUGAAUCGAUAGGAUUCGCCUUUCGUGUAGUUUGAGGCCUUUUGCUGUGCUGUGUCUUUUCAUAGAUACAUAGGUAGUUUCUCCCGUGAAUGUGUUGCUGUUGCCUAAAACCAGUACGGAGUAAAUGUCACAGUGUAAAAGUAGAAAUGUAGUCAUGACUACAUGUCCCUAAAGGUUUAGUCUGAGGCGUUUUGUGAGGUGAUGUCUAGUACUUAGAACAUUUGUCAUUUCCGUGGUAGGAGAAACUCCAUAGCACUGCUGUGUGUUUUCCAAAGUCCAUUUUGGGAAUCAAUAAACAUUUUCUCUGUGAAA